AUGGAAACUUGGGCAUUUAAUGUUGGAUGCGGAUUAAUUGCAAGUGCUCCCGUUGCAGCAGGACAUUUCAUAUUAGGUAAACAAAUGCGUUACAUCGUUCUUGCUUGGCUUUGCGCCUUUGUCGCAACAAUUGUUUUAGUUCUUUGCUCACUCAGUGCAUUAUUCAUUAAAGAGAAAUAUGAAAACGCAUGGAAGAAUGCAAGAUGGUACACUCUUUUGUACUGCGUUCCUUUCGAAGCAGUUGGAAAAUGUUUAAUCAAAUUCUUUGCUUGCCGUCAAUCAUUCUUACGCUACCCAUCUAAUCGUGCUUCUAUUGGUUUAGCAUGUGGUAUCGGCUUUUCACUUGCUCAUAUUCUUUGUUUAUAUUAUCCAAUGUUAUUCGAUCAAUCACUCGGUAUUGAUAUUACAGAAAAUCACUCCAAGCGUUUUCCAAAUGCUCUCGAUUUAGCAAUUGGAUAUCAUGCUGCCAGCGUUUUCCAAAUCGGUGUUUCACUAUUUUUACUCAGAUUCGCUAACUUGAACAUUUUCAUAGCCGGAUUCUUAGUCAUGGCUGCUCAAUUUGGCUUUAGCGCUAUUUCUAUUAUACAAGAACCCUACGUAAAGGAUCCAAUCAUGGUUGUUAUCGGUUACUUAGUAGCAUUAAUGGGUGCUUAUUCUUACAGAUCCAUGAAAUUUGAAGAACUCGUUAACCAGGACGAUAAAGUUCAAGUCGAUGAUUAA